UCCUGUAUAUCAGGCACCGAGAUGGAUCUUAAGUACCACCGAGUUAAAGACUGUCUGGAUUCUUGCACUGAGUUCAGUGCUUCAUCUUGUAAGCUUUGUGAAGAGGACUGGACAGCAUACAGUGGAAAGUGUUAUUUCUUCUCUUCCGAAACACAGACAUGGUUUGAGGCUCGUGAUUUAUGUGCUGCAUCAAAAGCUCAUCUGGUCACCAUCAACAGCAAAGCUGUACAAGAUUUCCUGGUGUCUAAAAUUAAAGAGACUUCUUGGAUCGGUCUUAAUGAUCAGGAGACUGAAGGUCGAUGGGUUUGGCUGAAUGAUCAAACUCUUGAAGAAACCGGAGUACAGUUCUGGUUUAAUAAGCAGCCGGAUAACUGGAUGGUAGAUAAUCCAUCUGGAGAGAACUGUGCCUGUAUGGGAUAUGAGCGUGCACAUUUAAACUCUUGGUUGGAUGCAUCUUGCGAAUACAAGAAAAAGUUUAUCUGUGAAAAAAAAUUCAUUGUACUUGAGUGAUGACUGUAGUGACAGUUUCUAUAUUAUUGUAUAUUGAGGAUCUUUACACGUCUCUCUGUAUUGUGCAUUUAUUGUCUUUACUCUGAUUUUAUACCAUGGUAAAGUGUUUGUUUUGCUUUUACAGUAUAGAGUCUGAAAGACACUGUAAUCUGUUAAUCACUUACAAUAAA